GAUAAAAUCUGUUGAUCACGUGAAUCGCAUCACAUGACCAGCACAUGUGAAAGUCCUCUCAUCGAAGAAGACGGAUAUAAACGGGACAGUAACUUUAUUCUAUUGCAUUUUGUUUGAUUGUAUAAUACGCAUGUCUUAUGGCAACAUCGUAUGUGAAUUUCGUUCUUAUAUAUCUAGGAGUAUGUUUGUCUCAAUGCAAAGACCUCCGACAUUCUUCGGAUGACGAUCUCUUGUUACCCUACUCCAAAUCCCACGGCCCAUCUCAUUCCCACCGCCAUGUGAGGGACUGUCAGCCCGUCGCUCAUGGAAAUGUAACCCACGAAACCUGGGCAGCAAGCAAACACUCUAACUCUCCAGUGUUCAAGUCAAAUAUAUUCAUCUCCGACAUCACCGAUGACUCUGGUGUUCACAGAUGGGCGAGCGGCCACAUCACAGAGGUUCAUGACCCAUUGAGAUCCGUGUCCGUUCUGGAACCAAAAGGCCCUGGAGGGUGCAGGUGGAGUCACAGAGAACUGGUGGAGCUCACUGCCAAAUCUAGAAAGUGCCUCGUCGCCCAGAAUGGAGGCUUCUUUGACACUGCAAACGGACAGUGUUUGGGGAAUGUCAUAAGUGAUGGGAAACUGGUGAGGAACAGUGGAGGAAUUCAAAAUGCUCAGUUUGGCAUCCGAAAGGAUGGGACGCUAGUGUUUGGCUACCUGUCUGAGGAUGACAUCCUGGAUCAGGUAAACCCUUUCGUGCAGUUGAUCAGUGGGGUGGUGUGGCUGCUGAGAAAUGGUGAGAUCUACAUCACUGAGAGCAUCCAUGCAGAAUGUGACAAAACACAGGAGACCGGGAACUUCCAGUACUUUGUGAACGUGAUAUCUGCCCGUACGGCAGUGGGUCACGAUGCAGAGGGCAAACUCAUCCUCUUCCACGUCGAUGGUCAAACGGGUGUAAGAGGUAUGAACCUCUGGCAAGUGGCAAAGUUUUUGAAGGAACAGAAUGUCAUUAACGCCAUCAAUCUGGAUGGAGGCGGCUCGGCCACUUAUAUCCUCAACGGAUCCCUGGCCAAUUACCCUUCAGACAACUGCAAAACUUCGGAGUGGCACUGCCCACGGGAGGUUUCCACUGUGUUGUGUGUUCAUGAGGGGCUGUGCCAGCCGGAGGACUGCAGCGGACAUGGGCACUGCGUGGAGGGCCGGUGCGUCUGCCAGCAGGGCUGGAGCAGCCCAGGAUGUGCCAAUCUCACAUGCCAGACUGAAUGUGGAGAGCAUGGAAUCUGCAAUGAGAAUGGAUGUGUGUGCGAUGCUGGAUGGAUGGGUUCAAACUGUAGCCAAGUAUGUGCAGCAGGUUUCUAUGGCGAUGACUGCAAUCAAACAUGUGCAUGCGCACACGGAGGCUCAUGUGAUUCUGUUCACGGACAGUGCACCUGUCCUGCUGGUUUCCAUGGGGAUUUCUGUGAGAAAGAAUGCCCUCUUGGAUUCUACGGGCUGAACUGCAAGCAGACGUGCCAAUGCCAUGACACGUGCCCAUGUGACGCGGUCACAGGAAGCUGCAACACCACAUACCAAGGAGAGAGAAACAUCAGCCUGCACAGAGCUGGUUACUGCCUGGCUACCCAGAUGUGGAGGGAGUGGAGACAAGAGAAGGCUCAUGCUCAAAAACCAUAUUUAUCUGAACAAAACUGGUUGGUUGUCUGCGCUAUCCUGGCAACGUUGCUGCUGGCCAGCCUCGCCGGGAAUCUUAUCCAGACGUGCAGAAAAUGCAAAGCGCACAGGCAGAAGGCAGACUACUCCUACUUGCCGCUUGGAGAGAUCAACGGGUCCAUGGAGCGAAGCAGAGGACAGGGGUUGAAGUCUGGGAAAGUUCUUUUUCAGCAAGAAGACUCUGACUCGCAAGACUCCUCAUAACCAGGUUUCUAAAUGUAUGCAUUUGUGCAGGGUUAUGCAAGUGUGCCAUCCAGCAGAGAGCAAGCGAGCUAGCUACCCAGAACAAGCCCUCAUUAGUCUGAGGACGAGGACAGGGUUUGUUGUUUUUUUCCUGCUGUGAAUCGAUGAGCUUUUGGAAGCGCCUCUUCGUCUUUGGAUUAGGGCGCCCAAAUUGGCGAUGAUGGACAAUGGGAUGGGUGUUAGCAUCCAAACAGCUGUCUGCACGGCUCAGUGCGUUCACAUGUAGAUGCCAGUUCAACACAUGCCAAAUGCCCUGAUUGUGCAGUUUGACUGCAUUUUGCUAAUUUUUUGGUUUGAUUGGGUUUUUUGUACACUUUCAUAUUCGCUGCUAGUAAUGUAAGAACCAGUUCCUCAAGUGACAUCCUUCAUAAUUUAAAAUACUAUUUCACUGACCUCAGUGAAGACUUUUAUUUUGGUCUUGAUGAGAAGAGAAGCAAUAUCACCACAAAGCCUUUUUAUUGACAGAAUGGCCCAUUUGUCCCACCUGUUGCCAUAGCAACAGACGUGUUUUGAACUAUGGACUCCUUUUGAGAAAUCCUUCCUGCAGGAACUUGCCAAACUGCUAUUUUGAAACCGUUUUAUUGAAUGAUUUUUCUUCGUCCUGUGGCUCUAGAGGUCAUUCAGUUUAUUUUGAUUUCUAGCCCUCAGCCCUUUUGUUUCUUUAAAUGCCUUGCCAACUCCUGCCAGUUUUGUGUGUUGUCUUAGGCACUUAGAACCAGGCAUCGAAACAUGAUAUGAAAAAAAAAAAUAUCAAGGCCUGGAUUGUUUUCUCACACUCACUAGAAAAGCAAGAGAAGGACAUUUAUUUUAUGCUUGGCUCAAAGAUGCACUUUUUUCUUUUUCUUUUUUUUUUCUUCCUUCUCCGUUCUAAAGCAGUGAAUCCAGGCUUUGGGAAGAGGUUUGAGUAAAGUAUUUUGUUCAGGUUCUGUAUUCGCUCUGACGCAUGACAUGAAUAUUAUGGAAAAGGAACAUUUACUCGAGUGUGUAGUUCCUCUGUUUCCUGUUUAGCAUUCAAAUAGAUCUAGGCUUGUCUUGUUUUAAGAGUUUCAAAGUUUCAUUGGCAAACAAAGAGACAUGUGAACGGAUGAAUUUCAUUAAACCUGUCAAAACGUUCCAGAUCAUAUUAAAUUCCCAAAUCAGCCGAAUAAAGAAUCAUAUUUUUCCCCUUAAAAAUGUAAUUAUUUAUACAUUUUGGUAGUGCUUGUACUUUCUUUAAUAUAUGCUAAUUUAAAUACAGUGAAAGCAAAACACCAAGAUACAUUACGAUAAUGAGAAUUUUGGGGGAAAUUUGCUUACUUGUAAUUAAAAAAUAAUGUUAUUCUGCAAAAUAUAUAUUUUUUUCUAGUUGGUAUUUUGAGGUGAAAUAUAGCUUGUACAUCGCCCACAAAGUGAUGUCUUUAGUUACAGAAUUACAGAAAUAUAAUUUCAUAUAUAAUAGUGAAAGGUGUUUGUCAGCGGUGUGGAACAUUUGACCGUUUAUUAACUUCCACCUAGCUCACUGCAUGCUUUGCAUAUCUUCUUCACUGUCAGCGACCUCCAUGCUGAUCACCUUGACAGUUAAAAAGACUUUAAUCCAGGUUUUUGAUGCAUUUUUUUAUUUUAUUUCAAUCUAAUCAAGGCAGAUGCCGCACAUGUUAAAAAAGGUACUUGUUUGUCCACUGUUUGGUGAUUAUGCUGAUCAGAGUGUCUGAGGUUGCUUACUUCUGAGUGAUUUUAUGUUGCAUGUCCUUUUGUUAAACACUAGUAAUUGAUAUCAAAAGAACAUGCAUAAUAAAUAAUGGUACAUCUAGUUUGUUUGCACAAUUCCUUGUGCGAGUAAGUAUUUGAUUUAAAGUUAUGUUAGAUCGCUCUAAUUCCGAUCGUCUGGUUGCUCUCAAGUUGGCUUGACAUUGAGGUUAGUUACAGCCUAACCUAUGUGCUUGACCUGUUAAUUACUUUUACCCCUUGUUUAUGGUCUUGGGUUCAUGCAGGAUCAUUGGUGGAUAGCCUUUCGAAUUUCAAUGAAUGUAUGAAAUAAAAUGAUUACAAAAUAUGAACUAUGAGAUUUUUCUAUACGAAAUGGCAAUUAUUUUUUAUAUUGCAUAUGUUCGUGCAGAAAAUGGCUGGUUUUCCACUGAGCACCUUCCAAAAAUACAUUCACAUUCCUAAUGUAUAUUUUCUAUACACUGAAUUAGUUACUAAAAUUUGACUUUAUAGGUUAUAUGAGGUUAUAUAAAGAGUGACUGCUUCAUACAUGUCAGGUUGCUAAACAAAUACACUGCUGAUUUAUCUGUUUUGAGAUAGAAUGUGUCAGGUCACUAAAGGACACAAUUGGUUGUCAUUGCACAGACUGCAAAUGAAAGGUGUGUUCUUCCAGAGAAGUUAAAAGCCUGUUUCUCCUGGGUGUGUUCAAAAGAAAAUUGUGUUAAGGAACAUAUUUGUGCUUCUUCAUGUUUCAUUUAAUUUUAUGCUGCUUUGUCAGUAGUAUUUAAAUGCCAUGUCAGUAGCAUUGUUUGUCACUUGCUAUUCUAUUAAACUCCUUGCAUUAUCUUUGGAACAUUAUUCUUAACAUAAUGCAAAUGUGAGACUGUCUUUUCAAAAGUUGUUAAAUAGCAUCGAGUCCAUGGGUCCCAAAUCAGGUCACUUUAACAACCAACAAAACAACUAAUAAAAGCCAUUUGUGCAUGUGCUUUGUCA